UCGACAUAUCACAUUUUUGAAUUAUAUAGUAGUCAUAUUAACCAGCAUCAUUUUCUCGAGAAAAUCUUGAAAAUCCAAGAAAAGAAUUAUUUUUUUCUGGAGAAAUGGGUGAAAGAGAUGAUGGGUUAGCUCUGAGUCUAAGCUUGGGGUUUAGUCAACUAAAGGAACCAUCCCUGAGGUUGAAUCUAAUGCCUUCUACAACUUCUUCGUUUCCUCACAUGCAAAAUCACAAGAAUAACCAUCUCCCGCAGAAAACUCAUCACAGCUCUUGGCCUCAUUUAUUUCAAUCUUCUGGAACCACACGUAUAACCGCAGAGAGAAACUCCAACCUUGGAUCUUUUCUGAGAGGUUUCGACGUGAACAGACCUCCAUCGGUGGCGGUGGUGGUUGAGUUAGACGAAGAGACGGCCGGCAUGUCGUCUCCGAACAGCAAUGUUUCGAGUGUGAGUGGAAAUAAGAGGGAUCUUGCUGCAGCGGCGAGAGGAGAAGGAGAUGAAACCGAGGGGGAGAGAGCUUCUUGCUCACACGGCGGCGGAAGCUGUGGAAGCGACGACGAAGACGGAGCAAACAGAGACGGUUCAAGAAAGAAACUCCGGUUAUCGAAAGACGAAGCUUUGGUUCUUGAAGAGACUUUCAAAGAACAUAGCACUCUUAAUCCGAAGCAAAAGCUGGCACUAGCGAAACAGUUGAAUCUGAGGACAAGGCAAGUAGAAGUGUGGUUUCAGAACCGCAGGGCAAGGACGAAGCUGAAACAAACGGAGGUUGAUUGUGAGUAUUUGAAGAGAUGUUGCGAUAAUCUAACGGAGGAGAAUCGUAGGUUGCAGAAGGAAGUAUCUGGGCUUAGGGCGUUGAAGCUGUCUCCAAAUCUCUACAUGCAAAUGACUCCAACCACUCUUACCAUGUGCCCUUCUUGUGAACGUGUCUCAGCUUCCUCCUCUGCUGUGGCUGCUCCUCCUCCUCCCUCGUCUUAGCUCACUAGGGAAGAGUAUUCUCGGUAGUUUUAGUUAAGUAUAUACUAUAAAUAUAAGAAUGAAAACUGAAACUUAAAAGUUUUCAUGCGAGAUUAAAUUCUAUCUAUUACAAAAUGAGAAAGACGUCAGCUGGAUCUGAGACUUUUAACAAUGUAAAUUAACUCUUUGACAUAAUGCAACUAGUGG